ACAUCUUCACAUCUUCAAAGUGUUGCUUGUUCUAGGAGCUUCUUCAGUCCAUCACACACUCUCUUGUUUGUGGUUUUGCUUGUAAUCGGACCGUUUCUCUGGUUGAUCCAGCCUUUUCACACCGGCGCUUCCAAGCACCUUCACAGAUACACAUUUAAUAUUGCACUGCCAAGUUGACCCUGGCCAUCCUUCCGUUCCUUUCUCAUACCCUCUUCCCCAAAACAACGCACCAUGCGUGUCCGACACUUCUCGGCUAUCCUCUUCAGCGGCCUCACCAGCACCUCCCCUCUGGCAUGCCGGCAAGCCGCUACGAAUACAUCAGCAGCUCCCAGUGCCGGCGCAACCCCCGGAACCAGCUCCGGCUCCGGCGGCGUCGACAUGGCCGCCGCCAUCCUGGCCAUCAUGCCAUCGUCCAGCUCGUGCUCGGGCGCCCAGUUCCCCGACGAGUGCCGGGCCGCCCAACAAGCGGCGCCCUUCAUCACCAAGGCCUGCGCCGACCUGAGCCCCGGCGAGUGUGCCGCCACCGUCGCCCUCAUGGGCCUCGAGAGCGUCGAGAUGAAGGCCAAGCACAACAUCAGCCCCGGCCGACCCGGCCAGGGCACCGCCAAUAUGAUGAUGCCCAAUUUCGUUUCACAGUACGCCACAUCCCUGUUUGGCGCCGAUAAGGUCGCCGGCAAGUCGCCCGCCGAGGUCCUCUCCAUGGUCACGCCCGACGAACACAACUUUGGCUCGGCCGCUUGGUUCCUGGCGACGAAGUGCACCGCCGACGUGCGGGCGUCGCUCAAGACGGGCACCGAUGCCGGCUGGGCGGCGUAUAAUAAGGACUGCAUUGGUGUGAACGGAUCUCUUCCGGAACGGAUGGCCUACUGGACCAGGGCCAAGGCGGCGUUCAACCUCUAGAUGACUCUAAGGGAGUGAAGCAGGUCUGGUUUUGUUGCUGUAACGUCACACAGAUUAUACCAUAGACAGGCGUAUACGAUGAAC